AGAGAGGGGGCUGGGCUGGGCUGGGAUGGAGGAUGUGGGCAGCAUUGAGGACUUGUGUGGGAGUGUGGAGUUGAGGCGGUGUGGGGGAUUGAACCUGUACCAGCGAGUGUAUGUCCGCAUCAUGCAGCGUUUCCCCGCAGAUAUCCACUCCUUCUGCCACCCACUGGUGCCCCCGGCCCGCAGGCAGCAGCUGCUUCACCUGCUCAGGAGCAUCGACCACCUCACCUGCCAGAAACUACAGAUACUAUUCUCAUUCUCUGUCCCGAGCCCGGAGGCAUUGACCUUCCUGACAGAUCUAAAGCUGCCCGUGAUCUCAGCUGGUGCUGGCACUGGGUAUUGGGAAUAUCUACUUCAGUGUCACGGUGUUGAUGUCAUAGCUUUCGAUGCAAAUGAAGUUUAUCCGCCAGAAAUACGAUAUUCCGAGGUUUUGACCAGUGGGCCUGAGAUCCUCGAGCAAUAUCCUGACCGAAUACUUCUCCUAGCUUGGCCAGACGCAGCCGCUGUCAGCACAAUGUCACACAGUGGAACACAAGGCGGCAUUGGAAGCCACUCUGCAUCCGGCCUGCGCAGUAACAGGAUCAUCAUCUACGAGCAUGAAAACUUCCAGGGGCGAUGCGUGGAUAUUAACGGCGAGUGCAGGAACAUCUGUGACCGAGGCUUCGACCGCGUGGGGUCAAUCCGUGUCGAGUGUGGACCGUGGGUGGGCUACGAGCAGCAGAAUUUCUGCGGGGAGAUGUUCAUGCUGGAGAAGGGGGAAUACCCUCGCUGGGACUCCUGGUCGAACAGUUACCGCACUGACUGCAUGAUGUCCUUCCGACCCGUGAAGAUGGACGGGCAGGAUCACAAGAUCUGUCUUCAUGAGUGCGCCAACUUUGAUGGAAGGAAAAUGGAGAUCUGUGAUGAGGACAUCCCCAGUUUAUGGGCCUACGGUUUCCAGGACAGAGUCGCAAGCAUCAAGGUCAACGGUGGAACAUGGGUGGGUUACGAAUACCCAGGGUAUCGAGGCUACCAGUACGUGCUGGAAUGCGGACCUUACAAGCACUGGAACGAGUGGGGCGCCAAACAGCCCCUGAUUCAAUCCAUACGUCGUGUGAAAGACCAGCAGUGGUACAAGAGGGGCUGCUUCGAGUUCACUCACUAAAGUGAGCCAAGCUUCCCAACAACCAUGGGAAUGAUUUUCAUCAACGCAAGUUCAAAAUCAUUUUCAGCCCAAACCUACCAUCACAAGUACUGUUAUACAUCGCCAAUUCCCACUUUUAAAAUUAUAGUCAUUUU